AUGGCUGCGUGCGGUCUCGCACACGCGAUUGCUUCGUGCUCGCAGACUUCUGCUGCGAGCAGGCUCGCUGUGCGACAAAAUGUACAUGGCGAGUCUCGUCGGGCUCCGUCACCAUUCCAAAUAUCCCCGCAGCGCAUUAUCUAUUCUCAUCCACGUAAGAACGAAUACACGGGUUACAGGAGUUACAGAAAUAGCGGCUACAUGAGAGUGAGCGUGUCGGCGAGCUCGGAAUCCGAGGCGCGCAGCGGCAAUGGCGUUGCCACGUCUCCGUCCAUCGAACCACGAGGGGAACCCACGGAAUUUCCGGCUUUUCUGCCGCCGCAAGUAGCGGAGCUUGAGGAGGAGGAGGCUCGGCAGCUGGCACGGCGCGUCCAGAGGCUGCCAGUACAGACCGACCUGGCUUCGGAACCAAUAAUGAGCAGCUGCAUCGUGCCAAAAAACGCCGGCCAGACAGCCGUCCCCAUCCUUCUCUUCCACGGAUUUGACAGCUCAUGCCUGGAGUGGCGGCGGGUGUAUCAGCGCCUGGAGGAGGGAGGAGCAGAGCCAUGGGCGGUGGACACUCUGGGCUGGGGCUUCUCAGACACCAGCAAGGAUCGGGGAAUCCAGUCAUUCUCCGUGGAUGCCAAGAGGGAGCACUUGUACCAGUUCUGGCGGCAACACCUAGGGGGCCGUCCGGCUCUGCUGGUUGGUCCUAGCCUCGGGGGUGCUGCUGCCAUUGACCUGGCUGUGAACCAUCCCGACGUGCCAGCAGGCCUCCUCCUGUUGGACGCACAGGCGUUUCAGGAGGGCGUGGGACCUCUCGCCGCGCUGCCCAAGUUCCUGGCAUAUGCUGGGGUAGCUCUGCUGAAGAGUGUGCAGCUGCGUAUGUCAGCCAUUAAGAUGGCAUUCCAUGACAAGACACAGUCAACCGAGGACGCAAUGAAUGUCGGCCGGCUGCACUGCUUGAUGCCUGACUGGGCCGACGCCAUGGUUAAUUUCAUGUGCUCGGGUGGUUACCACGUGUCCAAGAGAGUGGGCGAGGUGUCCCAGCCAUGCCUAGUGGUAUGGGGGAGCGAGGAUGAAAUUCUUGAACCUAACCUGGCAGAGCGCUUCAAGGCGGAACUUCCAGACUGCAGGGGGGUGGUGCAGCUGGAGGGGUGUGGGCACAUCCCGCAUGUGGAGAGGCCUGCUGACGUGGCACAGCUUAUUCUGGAGUUCUGCUCACAGCUACAGGCUGAGAGGGAGCAAGAUGGCGCAGAGAAAGAAAAGCGAUUACUCAAGGCCAUACCUUGGGGAGCGAACCCGGAUUUGCAAGUGGAAGAGAGACUGGUGCCUUCAGGCUUCGAGGCAGAAAUGACAAAUGGUGAAGCGGAACGAAUGGAUGCGGGAUGCGACGAUUUCUGCAAGCAGUGGUCGCGAAGCAAGCGACGAAUAGCGUUGUUCGUGGAACCUUCGCCAUUCGCAUACGUAUGUGGUUACAAGACGCGGUUCCAGAAUUUCAUUCGCCACUUACGGGAUAUGGGCGACGAGGUGCUUGUGGUGACCACUCACAAGGGAGCUCCCAAGGAGUUCUUUGGAGCAAAAGUAAUACCUUCUCUAAGUUUCCCCUGCCCGUGGUACAUGAAUGUCCCCCUCGCGCUGGGAUUCAGCCCACGGAUCGUUUCGGAAGUGGCUAAAUUCAAGCCUGACAUCAUCCACUCUACCUCUCCAGGAAUCAUGUGCUUUGGAGCCAUGGCAACUGCGAAGAUGACACACACGCCCUUCAUGCUCUCGUAUCACACACACGUCCCAGCGUACAUUCCCAAGUACACUUUUCCAGGACUAGUGGAGCCCAUGUGGAAAGUUAUUCGCUUCUUGCAUCGAGGGGCGGACCAUGCAAUCACGACAUCGCAUGAGCUGGCAAAGGAGCUCACAGAGCAUAACGCCACAGGAGGUGGCAGCAGGCAGAUGGGCGUGUGGCCCAAGGCAGUGGAUUCUCACAAGUUCAACCCGCGGUUUCGAGACCAGGAGACGCGGAAGAUGCUCAGUGGAGGGGAGGUGGACAAGCCUCUUAUUGUGCAUGUUGGGAGGUUGGGCGCAGAGAAGAACCUUCAUCUGCUCAAACCCAUGCUGGACAGGAUUCCAGGGGCACGCCUUGCUUUCAUCGGGGAUGGACCACACAGGGGUGAGCUCGAGAGACUUUUUGCUGGCACGCCCACAGUCUUUGCCGGUAUGAAGCAAGGAACCGACCUGUCCCGAGCAUUCGCAUCAGGAGACAUUUUCAUCACCCCUUCAGAAACAGAAACGCUGGGGAACGUGGUUCUAGAAGCGAUGGCUUCAGGUGUACCUGUGGUCGCCGCCCGAGCAGGUGGAAUCCCAGAUAUUGUCAACAGAGAGGGGCAGAACGGGUUCCUGUUCACGCCAGGGGAUGUGGACGACGCGGUCGGCAAGCUUCGGCAGCUAGUGACAUCCAAGAAAACGCGGGAGGCGAUCGUUGAGGCAGGGUUGCGGGACGCGGAGGCGUGUGAUUGGAGGGCGAGCACUAGGACAGUGAGGAAUGAGCACUACGGGAAGGCAGUUUACUCAUUCAUUCGCAAGGGGCGAUUGAGUCUGAGGAGCAGGAAGCCUCUGGCUGUGGCUGCUCCUGCAUCGGUUUUCCCUCCCAGGCCGCGUGACCUACAUUGA